AUGGCUUGCACGAAACCGACAACUGACGAGACUACAGUCUCCGAAGUUAAUAACACGGACGCCAAAAACCGAGAGUUCGUACAGCUCUGCGGCUUCCGUACCGAAGCAACUGGCCCUGUCCUCGCGGACCUAGCACAGAAGCUCACCCGGGCGUAUCCAGUCAGCGACGACGUUAUAAACCACCCCUCGGUGACAUUUGAGCCGUUCUACUUUUUCUUCUACGGCUCGCUCCAGGCCAAGAGAACUCUAGUGCGCGUAUGCGGCCUAGACGACGAGAACCCAACCCUAAUCCCCGCGUCCAUCAAAGAUUGGAGAAUCAUGAUGUGGGGUGAGUUUCCCGCGUUAGUUCCCGCGGAAGGCAACGAAGUCAAAGGCAUGUGCUGGAAGUGCGAAUCCCCGGACCACGUAGGCUCGCUCCGGAGCUACGAGACCGACGCCUACCGCAUGGAGCUCUGCAAGAUCACCACAGACGAGGGCGAAGUGAUCGAGAACGGACGGAUAUUCGUGUCGACGGAACUGGAGGAGGAUCUAAGCGAGGGCGGCUUUGAUCUCAAGUCGUAUAUUCGUCGCCACGCGCACUUUUAA